AUGUAAAAACCCAAUCAGACUAAUGUUUUGAUACUGCUACAUAAAUAUGAACAAAUUUUUCUUCUUGAUCUUAACCUUAAUCCUCUGGGGCGCCACCGCGCAAGGGCCACCAACUGCGGCGGUGCCACCAGACGGUCAAGAAUAUUUAGAAACUCACAACAAAGCUCGAGCCGAAGUGGGUGUAAGCCCACUUAAAUGGAAUUUUCAGCUAGCCAAAGCUACUAGCUUACUAGUCAGGUACCAACGAGACAGACAGAACUGCCAGUUUGCAAAUUUAACUAGUGGCAAGUAUGGUGGAAACCAAAUGUGGGCAACCGGGGAAACGGUGACACCGCGGACCGUGGUGGAGAAUUGGAUCACAGAGAAGGGGUUUUACACCUACUCGAAUAAUUCGUGUGCACCAAACCAUAGGUGUGGAGUGUACACUCAAGUUGUGUGGCGAAAUUCGGUUGAGUUGGGGUGUUCUAUGGCUAGUUGUCUUCCUGAUCAGUCUACAUUGGCUAUUUGCUUUUAUAAUCCUCCUGGAAAUGUAAUUGGUGAAAGCCCAUAUUGAUUAAAGGAUUUCUAUGCAUCAAAAAUAAGAUUUUUGGUUUUGUUAAUUUUUUUCAGUAUUUGAAUUAUGUUUAGUAGUUCAAGGUUGGCAUCUGAGAUGCAAGUAAUGAGAUGUACUCUAUUGUUUAAAUAAUAAUAAUAAUAGUUAUUGGUUAUAUGAA